AUGACACUAUUAAGAAAUAUGAAGAUAACGAACAGUUAUCAAGCUCAAAAGACCUUGGUACAAUACAAAUCGGGAGCAGAGCAAACACAGUCCUCUCGUAAAACAUCAGAGUCCGAUGGAAGAGAGAAAAUAUGCGGCGAGGUUUCAUGCAACAACUACUCAACUUGUAAACUUACAACUUUUAAUAAAAGAGUAUGUAUUGAAACAGAUUGCGCAGAACCUCUUCCAAAUUUGGUAAACGGAGAGGUAAUAACGCAGACGAAUAAUCCGAUAUCGGCUACAUUUGGCUGCAACACUGGAUUCACCGGUGUUGGUUCUAAAAAUACCAUUCACUGCUCACCAGGAGGAAGAUGGACAUUGUUAUCUUACAGAUGUGAGCCGCCAGUUCAAGGGGGAUGGAGCAGUUGGGGUGAAUGGGGUACGUGCUCUAGGACCUGUGGAAGUGGAACAAAAGACCGAUCACGUAGCUGUAAUAAUCCAAGUCCUAUGUACGGCGGAAACUACUGUAUUGGAAAUUCAAUAAACACAAUAUUGUGCAACACCAACAACUGUCCAAUUCACGGGGGAUGGAGCAGUUGGAAUGAAUGGGGUACGUGCUCUAAGACCUGUGAAAGUGGAAUGAAAGACAGAUCACGUGACUGUAAUAAUCCAAGUCCUAUGUAUGGUGGGGACUACUGUAAUGGAAGUUCAAUAGACAUAACAUUGUGCAACACCAAUGACUGUCCAAGUAUGUCAAUCUCGAUGGAGGCUGGGGUUCUUGGAGAAGCUGGACAUUAUGCACCAAAACCUGUGAUACUGGGAGCAAGUCCAGAAGCAGAGGCUGUAACAACCCUUACCCUCGAAAUGGAGGAGCAGGCUGCAGCGGUGUGUCAAAGCAGUUUACAGUCUGUAACACAGAUGAAUGCCCAGGAUGGUGGCGUGGAAGGAGAAAAUGAAAUGCUUUCGAUGACCUCGUGUAAUCUCUCUCUGAUUAGGAGCUUCUCAUUUUACAACAGAAUCUACAGAACUUGUUCUUCUAACGUGGCCAAACUAAAAAAAGAUCAAUAG